CGCUCCACGCGAUCGCCCAUGAAGCUUCCGCCGCCAGCUUGUGCCUUAACAUCAACUCAGCGUUGACAUUUCCCGCCCAACCCGCUUGAAAAUACACAUCUUUAGAGAGAAGGCCUGCGCGAUGACCGCACCGCUUCUCGCCUCUGAAUUCCCAAGACGAAGACGCGGUCCAUUUGGCUGACCCCAAUGACGCAACCACCGCCAUCAACACCUACACCUCGUCGAUUUUUGCUUUCCAAGAGACCUCCCGGGUCGCAGCAGCAGACACCAGGCAGCGGCCCGCCCGUCUUCGCCGGUAGCCAGCGCUUCCAGCCCACGCCCCGGUUCGCCCCUCCGUCGUCGACUCAGCGACCUCCCGCGACGCCCGUGUUUCCUGUUUCACUCCGACCGUCGAGACACCGAGACCCGAUCCACGAUGCUCUGAAUAGUUCCCCGACAGAUGCGCCCGUCUCGGCGACGCGACCGAUGCUAGGAGCUGGGACGCAGAGGCAGAAUCCCAGGAUUGACAUCGACUCUGACGCCGGUAGCGAUUCGCCGUCGGAGAAUGAGGACCAGGAUGAGCUGCCGCCGAUGGUUGUCGCGGUGAAUGAUUCGAUCGAGAUUGAAUCGGAGCCGCCUAGUGUCCUAUACAGCGAGGCUGAGGAGAGGACACCAAAGAGGAGAAGGAUUUCGGUCUCGCCAGCAUUGAGCUGGCAUGAGGAGCCCAAGGAAGAUGUUGCCAUGGGAUAUGAAGAGGAAGAGCUUGUCCCGGGAGAAAGCGAAUACGGUGACGAGCAGCUGCCAGAUGCCGAUGAUGAGCUUCCCUUCCGCGAGGAUGCGCCCAAGACUGAGGACGACUUGGUUGUUCCUCAGCGCGCUGCAGGAGAUCCGGUCAGGACACAGCCUACCUUUCAUCGCGCCCCCCGUUUCAAGCCGUCCGAAUCCGAAAUCAUCCGACAAGAAGGCCUGCCGGAGGCUUUCUCGCCACAGCGACGAGGCGCAAAGUACGUCGCCGGGGGCCUCGCGGCAGAGCUGCAGACUUGGCUGGCAGAGGUCAAGGGCUGGACAGGCGGCGACCGUCCGGCAGACCUCGUUAUGAGCAUUGCUGUUGACGAAGUUCGUCAUGGAAACAGAAUGUAUCUCGUUCGGGGACGAAGGACUGUGGGUGACGGGGAUGUAAGAGAAGAGAUUGCCGCGCGGCUUAUGCUGGCUGGGGAGGGACACUUGACGGGCCUGGGACACAAGGCCCCUGUCAUCGUAGGUAGUGUCGUUGCGAUCUCCCAGCCUGCGUGGGAGAUUGAGCUUCAGGACGGUAGAUGGAUCGUCGCAUGCGAUUGGGCGGUCUCAUAGAAGAAUCGAUACAGUGAAUACAUCUCAACAACACCGAAUCGCUGCACUUUUGCAAAGUGAACAGGCUUCGUAACAACAUUGUCGUAACAUAGCGUGGAACUGAUUUUGUGAGAUGAGAACUGAAAACGCGGAACCAUAAGAAGCUGCAGUCUGUAACUUCGGUCAGGUUAAAUUGCUCCACGCUUUCUUUCUGGCUGUCUUUGCAUUCACUGAGGUUCAAUUCCAAUCAUCAACCUGCAAUCGGCUAUUUCCGAAAUCUCAGCAGAGGUAUGGAGGAAGUAUACCCCCGCUGAACGCAUAACAUGCCCAAAGGCAUGUACGCCAGUAACCGAUAGGUCAAGUCGAAGCUCCACUUUUACUCAGCAGCUCAGGAGACGUUGAAGGCC